CAUUAUGGCGGACUUCUUGAAGAUUGAGUAAAAGGGUGUUUUUUUUUUCUUCUUUCAAAUCAGAGCAAGCAUGCCUGGUAGUGAGAGGAAGAAGCACAGGCGUCGAAGCAGGAGCAGAUCUCAUUCUCCUGGUCGAAAACGUAGAAGCCGUUCGCAUUCGCGGUCUCCACGACGCAGGCACAAAGAUCGCUCAUCUUCACCAGCAGAUCGUAUGCGGGAAAAUAUUGUAGAGAAAAAGAAGACUGUGAACAGAGAAGAGGAGAAACGAAACAAAAAGAAAGAAAAAGAACUUUUGAAAGCACUUGAAACACCUGAGGAGAAACGAGCAAGGAGACUUGCCAAAAAGGAAGCAAAAGAGAAAAAGAAAAAGAAAGAAAUGGGAUGGGAUGAGGAAUAUUUGGGAUAUACCAACACUGAUAAUCCAUUCGGAGAUGCUCAUUUACUUGAAAAUUUUGUGUGGCAAAAGAAGAGAGAAAGGGAUGGAGAACAGCAUUUAAAAGAAGAAGAACAGAGAAGAAGAGAAAAACUAAGGCAACAAGAAGCCAAGAGAGAAUUGGAAAAAGUGAAGAAGCGAAGGAUUGAAAGGGAACAUGAAAAGCAGAUGAGAGAAGAAGAAAGGGAAACCCUUCAAAGGGAUAAAGAGGCAAUGUCUUUUAAGGAGUGGGAAGAGCAAGAGGAUAAGUUUCACUUGGAACAAGCAAAGCUACGCUCAAAAAUUCGCAUUCAGGAUGGAAGAGCUAAACCCAUUGAUCUACUGGCACAAUAUGUCAGUACAGACAAUAAUGACUUGGAAAUUCAAAUGCAUGAACCUUACACAAUUUUAGUGGGAUUAGCAAUAGAUGAUCUGGAAGACUUGAUGGUAGAUAUUAAGGUGUACAUGGAGUUAGAAGAGGGGAAAAAUGCAGAAUUUUGGAAGGACAUGACAGUUGUUUGUAGAGAUGAGCUUCAAAAAUUAAAGAAAGAAGAUCCAAGGUACAGUGAGCAUAUGGAUCGACGAGAGAGUAUAAAUGCCUCUGUCAAUAAAGAUGUAACAAACAUUUUUAGUGGAAAAACGUACAGUCAACUUUUGGCAUUACAAAAGCAGAUUAACCAAAAGAUAGCAAGUGGAGAUGCAGUGGAUAUAGGAUAUUGGGAAACUUUGCAGCAUCAGCUAAAGGCACAUAUAGCAAGAGCAAGGCUGAGAGAAUUUCAUCAAACAAUGUUAAGGAAAAAGCUUGAAGAACUGAAAAAACAGAAAUCAGAGAUGGCCAGCCAGUCAAAAGAUGAAAGCUCUGAGUCAGAACAAGGGUCUGAUGAUGAAGAAAGAGAUAACAAAUCAGACUCUAAUACAGAGCCCAGUGAAAACCCUGACCAUGGCAGUGAAGCAAAAGAAUCUGAAGAACAAGAGAAAGUUGCAGCAACUGGAGGGGCAGAGACGGACGCAAGUGUUUACACAGAACUGGAUCUUACUGAGGAAGGUUAUACAGCGUAUGAUGCAGGCAAUUACAGUCCCAGAUUGUUGAAGUUUCAAGAUGUUGAAGAGGGUAUGACUGUUGAUCCAGCAGAGGAUUGGGAGCAACUUGACAUAUUGAGACAAGAAGUCUUGAGUGGUGGAACAGCUGAUGUGGACAAGAGUGCAGCGUCAGCAGGAAUGGUUGCUGCAGAAGCUAGUAAAGGCAUGGCAGCGGAUGAAGAAUCAUUUAAUGUACCUGUUCCCGUCAUGCAAAAGACUUACCUAUGGUCAGACAAGUACAGACCCAGAAAACCAAGAUUCUUUAACAGAGUUCACACUGGAUAUGAAUGGAAUAAAUACAAUCAGACGCAUUAUGAUAGUGACAACCCACCACCCAAGAUUGUACAAGGAUACAAGUUUAAUAUAUUUUAUCCUGAUCUUAUCGAUAAACAAGAAGCACCAGAAUAUUUUUUGGAACAAAGUCCAGGAGAUUCAAAAGACUUUGCUAUUCUAAGGUUUCAUGCAGGGCCCCCAUAUGAGGAUAUCGCUUUCAAGAUUGUCAACCGCGAGUGGGAGUAUUCUCAUCGUCAUGGAUUUCGCUGCCAAUUUCAAAACAAUAUUUUCCAACUCUGGUUUCAUUUUAAGAGAUAUAGAUAUCGAAGAUAGCAGGCACCUUUUUUUUUUUUUCUUUUUUUUUUGUUCUGUUCUUUUAGAUGUAGGUCAUACUAGUAUCGCAUGUCUAAUUUCUUGUGUAGAAUUGUGUACAUUUUCUUUUCAGUGUAAGAAUUACUACAAAUCGGACAAACUUCUCAGUGAGGUUAGAUCAUCAAUCAAUACUCCCUGUGGCUACUUCAGGCUUAUGUGCUAAUAUUGGUCAUGCAUAUAUAGUUUAGUUAAUAAAUUGUUGCAGUCUCAUUGUAUGAUGACUGCUUGUAGCAUCUCUCUCUUUUUUAAUGAGCCUGUCAUUAAACAGAGGGUGUGAAGGUCUGGUGCAAAUAUGUAGGGGGGGCAUCACAUUAUUUGCAGCCAAAGAGAGGAGGGUCACAAAAAUUGAUAUAAAGCUUUGGGCAGGGCCAUAUAUUUUUUUUGGAUCAUAUGAUGGGGGGGGGGGGUGUUACACAUAAGAGUUUUUUUCCAAGAAAUUAGGGUUGGGCAUACUACAACUGCACCUGGUAAAAAACAAAUUUCAGUAGUUGCCCUCUCCUUUAAUAAAUGGCAGGUCCUCUGAUUGGAUUAAGGCUUCCUUAUGUUGUGACAGGAAAGUGAUGACUUGGGUGCCCUCCUGAACUCCUUUAUCCUGUCAUUGUAUUUUUAUUUGCAUACCUUAAAUGUGCACUAACUUGAACCUUUAUGGCAAAGUGAAAACUGUUUUUAAUAUCUUUGCUCAAAUACUUAAAAGGGGUUGAGCAAAAGUGAUUGGAAGAAAGGCAAAGUAUGGCUGUUAAUAAGUUUUUGCAAUCAAGUCAGCACAAUCAAGCUCAAAGCAGCAAUGGUUUGAGUUGUAAAGGGGACUCAGUACUGUUCCUUCUAUAAAACUGAAGUACAAAUAAACAGAACUCAUGACAAUAA